AUGAGAUUUACUUCAUCUCGAGCAGAGCAUGCACUGCGGGUGCAUCUCAAAAAUGACGAUGCAGCAAUAACCCGUCUUGCAGGGCAGGCCUCGAGGAGCAAGAACCCGAGUUCGCGCUGGGAGGUGGGGGGAUGGAACGGGACAGGCGUCUACCCAGCAGCCAGCCGCUCAAGAGGCCAAGAAAACAGCCAACUCGCAAGGACUUCCCAACUUGUUACGCCGACAUCAAUAGUUUCCCCUUUUUUCCUCUCUCACUGUCUCUACCCUAGAAUGAUUGGAUGGUCGGGAACUUUCAAAAGUUGGCAUAAGGCGAAUCGGCACGUCUUGAUUUCAGGUGUCUCUGUAGGCAGACGCAAUCUCUGUUGUCUUAUUCGACCUGGAGAACGAGUUGCCGAGAGAAGGGGGUGCCUUGUUCCAAAGAUCCGGGACCCGUGUAACCUCGCGGCAGCAUCCGCUGUGGCCGGCACACAUUGUAUGCCAUAUGGCCUUUACCCUGUUACAAAAGCCAUGCUUUCCAGCGGGCGUUGGCAGCUCUGUUCACCUACCCCGCUUCAACGGCACAAUCCUAAUGAGUUCAAUGGUCAGCAUGAUAAUCUCUGUCAAGGCAGUCGUGGAAGAAGAUUUUGUUUGCCCUCUUGGCGCAUAUGCUUCCUUUUAACCCCCCUUGCACUAGACAUUGCUUACAUUCUCGUGGGAGUUUUGCGGAUCGGCUCUCCUAGCGUCGGCGUCAGCCAUGCGGGAGCAAGGAUCAGUCUCACUCUUGAAAAUCCUGAGAUUCUCUCUUACACCCGCUCCCCCACCCCUCAUUAA